CUUCUGCGCCUGCGCGACCCCGAACUGAAAACGGAACAACAAAACCAGCAAAACUCGACAAAAACAGCGUCAAUGUCGAUCUGACACCAGCAUCAUGUCUGGAAACUGUUUUCCAGAUCAGUCGAGUGGAGAGGAGGCGUUCAGAUCCGAGGAGGAGGAGCAGAGCGACAGAGCGGAGCUGAGACUCGUUCUGAUUGGCCGCACGGGCUCAGGCAAGAGCGCCACCGGAAACACCAUCUUAGGACGACGUCACUUCCUGUCUGCGCUGAGGGCGAGUUCGGUGACGUGCGUGUGUAAAUGCGGCCGCACGGAUGAGGCGACGAAAAGCAUCCUCGUCGUAGACAUGCCGGGAUUCGGCGACACUCGUCUCGACGCGGCUCACGUUAACGCAGAAAUAGCGAAAUGCAUAGCGCUGACGGCUCCGGGGCCGCACGCCUUCCUGCUGGUCGUCCCGCUCGGACGCUACACGGCGGAUGAAGAUCGGGUCGUCGCGCAAAUGCUGCAAGUGUUCGGCGAGGAGGCGCUCCGCCACACGGUGGUGCUGUUCACACGCGGAGACGAGCUGGACGAAUGCGGGAUGGAGAGUUUCCUGGAAUCGGCUCCGGAGCGACUGAAAACACUUCUGCGCGACUGCGGCGGACGAUACUGCGUCUUCAACAACAGAGCGCCGGAGAACCGCACGCAGGUCAACGCGCUGCUAACGCUAGUGGAUAGCAUGGGCGGAGCCUGUUACACCAACAGCGUGUUCCUGCACGCCGAGCGCGCCAUACGGGACGAGCAGCGGCGGCGCGGUCACAGCCGACGUCAGGCCCUGCGAUCCGCUGUCAGACGCUUCCGAACCGAAGCCGCGCUCUCGGGGAAAGUUCUGGAGCGCGUGAAAGCGCUAGUAGCGGCGGGAGCCACCGGCAUGGCGGUAGGAGCCGUGUUCGGAGCCGCAGCUCCUCUAGCGGUCGCGGCGGGAGCCUCCGUGAUGGGCGGCGGAACGGUAGGGCUAGCGGGAGUCUCUGCAGCAGGAAGCGCAGGAGUAGGCAAAGCAUUCGGCGCAAUAGUAGCGGCCGCCACCGGAAAGAGCGCCGUGGCUCUGGGAGCGGCGACGGGCGGCGUGUUGGGCGGAUCGGUGGGAGCGUUAGUGGGAGCGGAGGCCGCCGGACCACGAGAGGCCGCGCUGGAAGCAAUGCAGCAGGUGGGAGCGAUGGGUGCUGCGGUGGUGGGCGUGGCUGCAGGAGUGGGCGGAGCCGUAGGGGCGGGGGCAGCGUUGGGGGCGGUUCUAGAGGGAGGAGCCAUAACAGCUGGCGAAACUGUUGCCGCGAAUGCGCUGGUCGGCGUAGGAAACGCAGCAGUGCAGCCCGUGGCCACCGGUGUCGGAACAACCGCGCGCAUCCUGGGCGCCGUCGGCGAGAUCGGAAGAGCGGCGGCGGGAAUCGCGCUGGCUGGAGGACUCGUGAUCAGAGUAGUGAAGGAGAAAGUUCGGUCCGCUUCAGAAAACAGCUACACUGAACGCAACUCCUACGAGAUCCAGUGGAACAAGUGAGCGAUGAGGAGCACAGGGCUGACGUUUACAAUUGCACUGCAUUGUAUGAAAUUAUACAAAGUCGCAUCAGCACUUAGAGUGACUAAUGCCUGUCGUUUAAUUCAGAUUUACACGAAGAUUAUUUGAUGUUUUUGGAAUUUUUACUUGUUUUUACUUGUUAAUAUAAACCUGCGCAGUCACAUUCAGACGCUUUGUUCCGUCUCAUGGAACAAUCGUUCUGUGCUCUUGAGGUUGAUCUGCUCAGUAUUGCUGUGUUUAAAUAGAUCCUGACAUGUAGGUGAUGAUUGAGUGUCUCUGCCGAGGCUGGACUGGUUUGGGCUGGUUUUGUGAGAUCAGAUCUAUUCAAACAAACACUCAGCACAUGUGUGAAUUCACUGAACUCUGUGUUUGUUUUCUGAAGCCGUUGAACAAAAAUAAACACACAUGCAUGAAUUA